AUCAGUUUGCUCGAAGCGAGGAGGGAAGGGAUAGCUGAUCUGGUAUCUGUCAUUUCAGCUCAGAGAGCCCGAGUUCCAUUCAGUUUUUGCGGUCAAUGAAGUGCUUGAAGUUUUGGCCGUUCAGUUGCUUUAUCGACAGCACUUGGGUUGGGUGGACAAAUUGAACUGUUUUGCGGUUUUUGUUGAUUAAAGCACUUGUGACCGGGCAAAAAAUGCAGUUCAUGUUCAUCCGACUGAUGGGAUCAGUGAUGAUCCUGGCACUUGCCACGAUUCCUGGAAUGGAGGCUGCCGAGAAAGGAUUCCCACUUUCCCUAAUACACAUAAACGACUUCCAUGCCAGAUUCGAACCCACGGACACCAGCGGUGGCGUCUGCGACAGCGGCGAGGAGUGCAUCGGUGGCUAUGCCCGCACCGUCUACACUGUGAAGCGCCUUCUCGAGGAGCAGAAGGACUUCAACCCGAUCUACAUAAAUGCGGGCGAUAGCUUUCAGGGUACUCUCUGGUACAAUAUUGGCCGCUGGAACGUCACCCAAGAGUUCCUCAAUAUGCUGCCGGCCGACGUCAUGACGCUAGGCAACCACGAAUUCGACCACGGGGUCGAGGGCGUCGUGCCCUUCCUAGAGACCAUUGACACGAACAUGCUGGUGGCCAACAUGGACUGCGCUCACGAGCCCACCAUGGAGGGUUUGUACAACAAGUCGAUGAUCAUCGAGCGGGGAGGUCGCAAGAUUGGACUGAUUGGCGUCAUCCUGGAGACUACAUACGACCUGGCCAACACAGGCAAGUUGAACUUCCGCAACGAGAGCGACACUAUUCGAGAAGAGGCGCAGCUGCUAAAGGCCCAGGGGGCCAACAUCAUCAUCGUGAUCUCGCACUGCGGCUACGAUGUGGACAAGGAGAUAGCGGCUAACGCCGGUGACUGGAUCGAUGUAAUUGUCGGCUCCCACUCGCACACCUUCCUGUACACGGGCGACCCGCCGGGUCCACAUAAACCAGCAGGUGACUAUCCCACCGAAGUCAUUCACAGCUCCGGCCACCGCGUGCUCAUCGUCCAGUCAUCGGCCUACGCCAGAUACGUGGGCAAUCUGACCGUCUAUUUUGACGACAACGGCGACGUUCUGGACUUCGAGGGUGCCCCUCUUUACAUGGGAUCGGAGGUACCAGAAGAUGAUGUGGUCCUGCAGGCCCUGCGUCCCUGGCAGGCCGAGCUGGAAGCCGCAUCCAAUAGGAUUGUGGGACAGAGCCGAGUGUAUCUGCAGCAGAGCCAAUGCUCCAAGGGCGAAUGCAACCUGGGCAAUCUCUACACAGACGCCAUGCUGCAUGCAUUUCUUAGUGAUGCAACGCCUUCCGGAUCCAAUUGGAGUAAUGUGACCAUUGCCUUAACAACGCAGGGGAAUUUCCGGGUGCCCAUCCCAGCUGGCAACAUAACAUAUAAGCAGCUGGUUGCCAUGUGCCCUUGGGAAAAUCGCCUGGUUUCCCUGGCCCUGCGGGGCCAACAUUUAUGGGAUCUGUUAGAGGACAGUGUGGCGCCCAUGGAUUCCAGCUCGUCGGCGCCGAGGUCGUCCAGAUUCCUGCAGGUGUCAGGACUCCGCGUUAACUACAACAUAUCGGCUACCAUGGGUCAACGUGUGGUCAGUGUCCGCGUUCGAUGCUCCAACUGCGAAGUUCCCGACUACAGGCCCCUGAAACUAGCCAACACGUACCGUUUAGUGGUCAUGGAGUACCUGGCCAACGGCAAAAACGGGUUCAACUUAAUUAGCGACAAUGCUGAGCAUCUAGAGAUCGGACCUCUUGACUUGGAUGCCUUGAUGUACUAUAUGCGCGCAGUUGGACCUAUUAUAACAGGCAUUGAGAAGAGAAUCAAUAUUGUAAAUGACAUAUCAUAAAACGUCGUUGCUCUA